AUGGCCCCUGCAGCGACCACUUUUGAACCCCAGCAAAGACUUGUUUGUGGAUGUGUUCAUGGCUGGCUUUCAAGACGCGGUGAUUUCGUUCUUCGAGAAGUCGGUCUGGACAGGACAUACGGAACCGUUGUGUUUUGGAAACCGGAGGAUAUUAUCUAUUUCGACGGUCUGUACUUUUACUUCUGCUAUCGCAUCAUCAUUGGAUACAGUAUCGUAUGCUCAGUUGAAUGCGGGCCAGCCAUAUUUCGUGAUGUGGUCACUCAUCGCAAUCGAAACCAUGAUAACCAGAUGGAAGACUUUUAUGGUGGGACAUGCGCUGGAUGGAAUGCGAUACUUGACAUCCUCAACUCCCCAGAUGAAGUCGGCGAGCCAAUUGACUCAAACGAGGUAGCCACAAAUAAUCUGGAGAUAAUCCAAAGUACGCCAAGCGACUUGAACAUCGUCCCCGAGCUCCUUUCCUUCAGAGGGAGGGCGGAUGCUCAUCUCGCAAAUGAGUGA